UCGUUUUAAAGACACUACACACAUUGCUGAUUUACCACUGAAUCUUGUUGCAGUUAUAGAUUUACAAUGAUAAUUGAAUUAAAGGCAAUAAUAGAAUUGAUUUAGAUAAUUCAUUGGCAUCAUUUUUUGACAUUGGACAAUUGUUAUUGUUGAGUAUUUUGCGAAGGUGCUUCGAGUGUGAAGGAAACAGUUGUCUACAGAAAUAUUACACACCCGUAAUUUAUUAUUUUAUUUGGCACAAGAGAAAGUGAGUAAAAGAUAUUCGCAAAGUGGUGCCACUUCCGCGACAUUGUUGAAAAUAUUCGACGACGACGAGAAGAAAAAAGUUAACGGCGAGCAAAAAAGUCAGAGCGAAGAAGGUGGAACAAAAAUAGCAAAAGUCCACAAUGGCGAGCACCGGUGUUGUGGUUCCGCGAAAUUUCCGCUUGCUGGAAGAGUUGGAUCAAGGCCAGAAAGGCGUUGGAGAUGGCACGAUUUCAUGGGGCCUCGAAAAUGACGAUGACAUGACAUUAACACACUGGAUCGGCAUGAUAAUUGGCCCUCCUAGAACACCCUAUGAAAAUAGAAUGUAUUCCCUAAAAAUUGAAUGCGGCGAUAGAUAUCCCGAUGAACCGCCCGCAAUACGGUUUUUAACAAGAAUUAAUAUAAACUGCAUUAAUCAGAGCAACGGUGUGGUUGACCAUAGAUUAGUACCCAUGCUAGCCAGAUGGAAUCGGGAAUACACUAUAAAAUCAAUGCUCCAAGAAAUACGUAGAAUCAUGACUUGCAAAGAGAAUCUUAAAUUGGCGCAACCACCAGAAGGCAGCGUUUUUUAGUUGAUCACCUCAAUUGUCGUCACUGACAAUUCAGCAACAGCUGCCGCUACUGCCGUUGCCGCUGCUGAUGCUGUCGCCCUGCAGUUGCUGUCAUCAAAGUUGCCGAAAACCGAAGUCAUAAAUGUUCUACGUAAACGUCGUCGCCGUUGUAUAAGUCGCCACCACUUGAACGUAUUCUCAUCUGAGAACAUGUUAUUAUUAUUAUUAUCAUUCUCUUAAAUUUAAUUAAACAAGUUGAACCGAAAAUGGAACCAUCAAAGAAAUAAAGUAACGAAAAUAGUAAUAAUAAUAAGUGGAAGAAAUUGAAACAAAUCUAAAGUAUCUAAAAAAAAAAACACACAAAAACAAAAGUAAAAACAAGGCGAAACAUUGAGCAGUAGAAAGUAGGGGAAAAGAACUAUAGUAGUAAUGAAAUAUGCAAAGAAACAUAGCAACUUACGAAUUCAUUAACACCAUAAACACUAGUAUCACACGCCUAUAAUACACACACGGCCGAGGAAAACAACUGCAUAACAUAAUUAAGAUUAUAAACGCAUUAAAUAUUUAUUAAUUAAUGAAAUAUUAACUUGAACAAUAGAUACAGAGGAAAAGCGUAAUAUAUUGAAUGUGCUGCAAAGAAAUUAUGCAAAGUUAAGGAAAUGAAAUAAAGUAGCGAACGAUGUUAACAUUCAAGCGCGCCAAUAAGCGUGCAUCUAAA